UUUAGGUGAGAGGUCACCAUGGCACCCUUCCUCCGUAUCGCUUUCAAUGACUAUGAUGUGGGUGCUUUGUCUCCUCCGUCUGACCCUCCCAUUUGUGCAGUCAAGAUGAAGGAGUCUGUCAGCACAGAGCGAGGAAAGACCUUGGUCCAGAGGAAGCCCACCAUGUUUCCAGUCUGGAAGUCCGCUUUUGAUGCCCACAUCUAUGAGGGACGUGUCAUAGAAGUGGUCCUCAUGCAGAAUAAUGAGGAGCCAUUGGGUAAAGCCACAGUGGGUGUGUCUGUACUAGCAGAACGCUGUAAGAAGUCCAAAAACAACGGAUGUGUCGAGUUCUGGGUGGAUCUGCUUCCUUCAGGGAAGGUCCUCAUGUCUGUACAGUUCUUCCUGGAGGAUGUCGAUGCAG